GGCAAAAUUUUACAGAACACACGUAUUGGGGGGAAUGAUUGUGUGCAAGAUGAAGGGGGACUCUGAAGGGAGACUCUGAAGGUCCAUUUAACAGAAAAGGAUCCAUUUAACACAAAAAGCCACAGCAACGCGUGGCAGGUCCAGCUAGUAAAUAAUAAAAUUAUUAUUGAUUCAGGUAGGUAGCUGUGUUUAAAUAAAUAAAUAAAUAAAUAAAUAAAUAAAUAAAAAUUUUAAUUGUCCUGUAGCACCUUAGAGACCAACUAAGUUUGUUCUGGGUAUAAGCUUUCGUGUGCAUGCACACUUCUACAGAUACACGGCGAAAAGGAAACAAUACAAGAAGAGGCCAGAACACAAAGCGUAUGGUGCAUUUAUCUCAUACAGCGAAAACGAUGCGCUGUCAGCUAAAGAGACCCUGCUGGAAAAACUGGAAGCCCUCGAGUUUAGAGUAUGUUACCACGAGAGAGACUUCAUGCCAGGGCACCCGGUUGUUGGGAACAUUUUUCACUGCAUUGAGAACAGCCACAAAGUUCUCUUUGUGCUGUCGCCCAGCUUCGUCAACAGUCGCUGGUGCCAGUAUGAGCUGUUCUUUGCUGAACAUCAGGUCCUUAGCAAAAAUGAAGACUCUCUCAUUAUGGUUGUGCUGGAAGACCUGCCGCCCAACAGCAUCCUGCAGAAAAGGAAAACCUACUUGAAGUGGAGCCCGGAGGAACACAAACAAAAGCUCUUCUGGAGCCAGCUGACCGCUGUUCUGAAAACGACAAACGAGCCUAUGGCUUUGACAGAGGAAAAUGGGCUGUACUAGGAAGCAGGGGGGACACAUAGGAAAUUGAGGGUGCAUGGAUGUGGAACACAAACAUUUGUGGACUGGAGCAUGCUGAGAUGUUGGCUUUGGGCUGUUAAGAACACUA